CACGGCCCGCGCUCGUACUGGAGCGAAGAGCGGCCUCUGGAAGGAGGGGAAGGGACGUGGGGGCGGCCACGGCAGAUUAUUGUAGAUGAUGAUGACAGUAAGAUAUGGUCGCUCUAUGACGCAGGCCCCCGAAGUAUCAGGUGUCCUCUCAUAUUCCUGCCCCCUGUCAGUGGAACUGCAGAUGUCUUUUUCCGGCAGAUUUUGGCUCUGACUGGAUGGGGUUACCGGGUUAUCGCUUUGCAGUAUCCAGUUUAUUGGGACCAUCUUGAGUUCUGUGAUGGAUUCAGAAAACUUUUAGACCAUUUACAAUUGGAUAAAGUUCAUCUUUUUGGCGCUUCUUUGGGAGGCUUUUUGGCCCAGAAAUUUGCUGAAUACACUCACAAAUCUCCUAGAGUCCAUUCCCUAAUCCUCUGCAAUUCCUUCAGUGACACCUCUAUCUUCAACCAAACUUGGACUGCAAACAGCUUUUGGCUGAUGCCCGCAUUUAUGCUCAAAAAAAUAGUUCUUGGAAAUUUUUCAUCUGGCCCGGUGGACCCUAUGAUGGCUGAUGCCAUUGAUUUCAUGGUAGACAGGCUAGAAAGUUUGGGUCAGAGUGAACUGGCUUCCAGACUUACCUUGAAUUGUCAAAAUUCCUAUGUGGAGCCUCAUAAAAUUCGGGACAUCCCUGUAACCAUUAUGGAUGUGUUUGAUCAGAGUGCACUUUCAACUGAAGCUAAAGAAGAAAUGUACAAGCUGUAUCCUAAUGCCCGAAGAGCUCACCUGAAAACAGGAGGCAAUUUCCCAUACCUGUGCAGAAGUGCAGAGGUGAAUCUUUAUAUACAGAUACAUUUGCUACAAUUCCAUGGAACCAAAUACGCAGCCAUUGACCCAUCAAUGGUCAGUGCCGAGGAGCUUGAGGUACAGAAAGGCAGCCUCGGCAUCAACCAGGAGGAGCAGUAGUGUGUGUCUCGCUGUCAAUGAUGAGUUGACCCGGUGUGUUCUCGUAUAGUCAGUGGCAUCAGCGCCCGCCAGCCGGCCUUUUCCUUCAGGUUCGUCAGGCUCACCGGUUCUCACUGUGUCUGGGAAGUAGGACUGAUGGUCAUCUUCGUGACAGGCAGCAGCUCCACUAAGCCUGAGCAAGUGUUCCCUCUUGGUUUUCUUAGCUUUUGAAUUUGAAGAAGUACUUUCGAAGAUUCCCAUUUUAAGAACCAUGCAAAUUUUGCUACCAAAAGUCUUCACCACUGUGUUCUUAAAUGAAUGUUAACUUCUGAGGUUUGGAACUUUGUGGUGUUUUUUCCUUCUUUUCUUUUCCAUUCUUCUUUCUUUCUUUUUAUGUUGUUUGCUGUAAAUGCUGCACAUCCAGAUUGCAUAUUGGGACAUUGGUUAUUUUAUGCUUUCUUGGAUAUAACCAUGAUCAGAGUGCCAUGGCCACUACCCCACUGUUUGCUCUCCUGCAAAUCAACUGCUUUUAAUUUACACUUAAGCAAAUUGUUUUGAGUGUUAGCUACUGCCUUUCUAGAUAUUACAGUCAUUUGGAAUAAAAAUUCAGUUUCACUGA